AUGGGCAUGGAAUUAGGUCCUGGCAUUCUUCGGAGGUGUCCGUGUGGAGAAUUGGCUGUCGUUCUAACAUCGAAGACAAAGAAAAACCCUGGUAGAAGAUUGUACAGAUGCGGAGAGUUAGGAGCAUUGUCCAUCAAACACUCGGUUAUGGCGAAUGAACUGAUCGAAAUCAAGGAACAACUUGAGGACAUGAAGAAACACAUAACGGAGAUUGUUGAAGUGGUGGCGGCUCUGUCGAAGAAGAUUCGAAAGUAA